AUGGAGGAGGCAAAAGCCCCCCUAAGUUUUUUUCACAGGUCCUCCUUCAGCAUCAGCAGCUUAUUGCUUCGACACGAGCGCGUGAUGAGCGACUGUGGCCGCGCGCCCGACGCGCCGCACUUGCGUGCUGCGAAGCCCCCCGCCCGCUCCGACCAAUCCGCUGGGGAUAUCGGAACAUUUUCCGAUUUUAAUGGAAGAUCCGAAAAACCACAACGGAGUGAAGCGACCAGACACGACACAAAAGGAAAAACGGAGCCUGGGGGUGUUGGAGAGACAAAAAGCGAAGCAGCAAAUGAAAAAAAGGGCAAGAAGAACAAACCUGAAAAACCACCGUUUAGUUAUAAUGCGCUUAUCAUGAUGGCCAUCCGCCAGAGCCCAGAGCUACGCCUCACCCUCAACGGCAUCUAUGAGUUCAUCAUGAGCAACUUCCCAUACUACAGAGAAAACAGACAGGGCUGGCAGAACUCCAUCCGACAUAACCUGAGCCUCAACAAGUGUUUUGUGAAGGUCCCAAGACAUUAUGAUGACCCGGGAAAGGGCAACUACUGGAUGCUGGACCCGUCCAGUGAUGAUGUGUUCAUAGGUGGUACCACAGGUAAACUCAGGCGACGCUCCACAGCUGCGUCCCGGGCCAAGCUGGCCAUGAAGAGAGGUGCGCGACUGUCCUCCACCACAACAACAGGACUGGCAUUUGCGGGAUCUUUUUAUUGGCCUGUUGCUCCUUUCAUGACCCUCCAGCAUCCUCACCCUAACCCAGCGGCAACACCUUACAUUGGUGCUCACCACAACAAUUACGCAGCGUCGGUUUUGUCCCAGAGUUCACAUCACUAUAGUGCCGGUGCUCAAAGACUUCUCCAGUCGGGUCAAGAGGCAGCUUAUUACGGGACAGGCGGUGAGCAGUUUAUUACCGGACAGCGCCGGCACCAUCACCAGAAUAAACCCUCCUCCUCUUUUACAACAGCCUCUGUUCCUCUAGCUCUCUCCGCUCCAAGCUCUUUUAAUUUACUCUCCAAUCAGUCCAGUUACUUUUACUCGCAUCAGGUGCCUCACGCAGCUGGACUUUCCCCGUGGACGAAGGAGGAAUCUUAUCUCUCCAAAACAUCUCCUUCUGGACAGUAUUUCCCUGGAAAACCCUCUCCUUCUGAAUACAUCGGAGGACUAUGCACAGACAUGAACAACUAUUUUCCACCUUUUAACUCAGCCAGCUCCCUGCAUUGA